AUGCAUCACCACCACCACCACCCCGCGGCCGCGCCGGAGUUGGCGGCCCCGGCGACAGACCCUCCGCCGCCCCUGCCGGUCCUCGAUCCGUCCUCCCUCCGCAUCCACAUCCCGUCAAGCCCGCACCACGCGCUGCCCUCCACCCCGCACAAGCGCCCCGUCGUCAUGACCUCCUCCUCCUCCUCGUCCACCCCCACCCGCCCCUCGCCGUCGCCCUUCACCCCGCCGCGGAGGCGCAAGGUCCCCGCGCCCGCUGCUGCUCCUGCGGGGGCCGCGGCGGCCAGGCAUCUCCUUCGCUGCCUGCACCUCCGCCUGCGCAUCCUCCUCCUCAUCUCGCUCCCCUCCCUCUACUUCCUCUCCCCGACCCCCGCCAUCCUCCCGCGCUCCCUCCUCGCCGACUUCCUUUCCGCUGCGGCUCUCUCCUGCGCGCUCCUCCUUCUCCUCUGCCUCUCCCUGCCACGGCUUCCCUUCGCGCUCCCGCUCCCGCUCCCCCUCCGCCGCGCGCGCCGAUCCCCCAUCCUUUGGUCCAUCGGUUCCUCGCCGUCCGCAUCCGCGACCACCCCCACCACCGGCCAUUUCGUCCAGGUUUAUAGCAACGGCGACGUCUACGAGGGCCAGUUCCACCGCGGCCGCUGCACUGGCAGCGGCAUCUACUACUACUACAUGAGCGGGAGGUACGAGGGGGAUUGGGUCGACGGCAAGUACGACGGCUUCGGCGUCGAGACCUGGGCCAGAGGUAGUCGGUACCGGGGCCAGUACCGGCAGGGACUCAGACAUGGCUACGGCGUGUACAGGUUCUACACUGGGGAUGUGUAUGCCGGGGAGUGGUCAAACGGCCAGAGCCAUGGGUGUGGCGUGCACACCUGUGAGGACGGUAGCCGGUAUAUUGGGGAGUUCAAGAGGGGCGUCAAGCAUGGCCUCGGCCACUACCAUUUCAGGAAUGGUGACACCUAUGCUGGAGAGUACUUCGCUGAUAGGAUGCACGGCUUUGGAAUCUACAGCUUUGCCAAUGGCCAUAGAUAUGAGGGAGCAUGGCAUGAGGGUAGAAGACAGGGUUUAGGCAUGUAUAGUUUCAGGAAUGGAGAGACGCAAGCUGGGCACUGGCAAAAUGGAGUUCUUGAUACUUUAAGCACCCAGAACUUUAUCCCUUCAUCACCUAUUGCUGUGAACCAUUCCAAGGUCCUCAAUGCAGUGCAGGAAGCGAGAAGAGCUGCAGAGAAGGCCUAUGGCAUCCCAAGAGUAGAUGAUAAGGUGAACAGGGCUGUUGCAGCAGCUAAUAAAGCAGCCAAUGCAGCCAGGGUGGCUGCCGUGAAGGCUGCACAAAAGCGCAUCCCCAAUAAUGGUGACGAUCUACCACUGUCAGUAGUGUGA